AUGCCGCGGCGAGCGAUCGAGGUCCGGGCCGACGGCGCCGCGCCCAAGUGGUGCAUGUCGCUGCUGGAGAACACCUUCACGGCGUUCCUCAAGUCCCCCGGCGCCGACGCCGACGCCAAGGCCGUGUUCGCGGAGGGCUCCCUGUUCAGCCCCUACCUGUUCGGCAAGUUCUUCGACCCGGCUGAUGCGUUUCCGAUGUGGGAGUUUGAGUCCGACGUGCUGCUCGCCGCGCUCCGCCGCGGCGCCCGGACCACCGUCGACUGGGCCGAGAACGACUGCGAGUACUGCCUCAGAGCCGACAUACCAGGCGGGCUAUGGCGGGCGCCGCCGGCGGACGGCCGGGACUGGCGCGCCGGCCGGUGGUGGGAGCACGGCUUCGUGCGGCGCGUGGAGCUGCCGGAGGACGCCGACGGGGGCAGGGUGGAGGCCUACUUCGACGACGGUGCGGGGUCGCUGGAGAUCAAGGUCCCUAAGAGGAGCAGCGACACGCACCAACAAGCCUGA